AUGGGUGUAUUGAUUGCCAAAAAGUCGUGGACCGCCCUCUCUGCUAGCUUGUCGAUAAGUCUCACAUCGGGAGGAAGUACCAGCGUGAUAUGGGGACUGGUGACUGCUGGUUUCUGUAAUCUUUGCAUUGCUUGCUCGCUAGCCGAGUUUCUUUCUGCAUAUCCGACCCGGUGGACAAUAUCAUUGGGUUGCAGCCAGUACGUAUACGAGAUGCUUGUCGAGGCUUGUAUUAACAGAAUCCAAGUUGCCUGGCCAAGAACCGUCCCAAUUCUAUCGUGGAUCACUGGUUGGAUCAAUGUGGCGGGCUGGAGUUACGUACCGCAACGGUGGCACCAGUUCCUCAUUUACAUUGGGUUGACAUUAGGCUCGUUCAUAAUUAAUGCAUUCAUGAACUCGAUCUUACCAGUCAUAUACCGCGGAGCCUUUAUGUGGUCCAUUGGUGGCUUUGUGAUUGUUUCGAUUACAGUCCUUGCAUGCGCCUCUCCAAACUAUAACUCCGCCUAUUUCGUAUUCUGCGAUUUCAUCAAUACGACAGGAUGGCCUGACGGAGUUGCAUGGCUUCUAGGUUUACUUCAAGGAGGACUAGGAGUGACUGCGUUUGUCCCAAACGCCGAUGUCGAAGGGCCAAAAAUCAUGGUAUCUUGCGUGGGAAUUGGAACAGUCACCGGGUCUAUCUUCCUGAUAGUCUUGCUGUUCGUGGCUGGAAAUAUGGAAAAAGUCACAACAUCUGCCGCCGGCCCUCUGUUACAGAUUCUCCUCGACGCCACCAAAAGCAAUGCCGGCGCUAUAUGUCUUCUGAUGUAUGAUACAGUCCAGCAACAUCAUGCAUACAAGCUAACAGCUCGCGUCAGGUUGCCCCUGGUCUGCUUAGUAUUCGCUAUCAUCAGUGUGAUGACGACAAGUAGCCGGAUGAUCUUUGCUUUCGCCAGAGAUGGAGGUCUUCCUGCCUCACGCUUCUUCGCAACGGUGCAUCCGACUUUGAAGAUUCCACUUAAUGCAUUGAUCCUCAGUGUAUUCGUGGUAAUUGCAUUUGGGUGUAUCUUCUUGGGUUCAUCAAGUGCAUUCAACGCAAUUAUAUCUGCCUCGGUUGUAGCGCUGGAUCUAUCAUAUGGAAUUCCCAUCGCUAUCAACUGUCUGCAGGGUCGCAAUUCCUUACCGGAAAGAAAGUGGAAAUUGCCCAAUGCUGUUGGGUGGUUCGCUGAUAUUGUUGCACUGUCAUACAUUAUCCUGACAACUGUGCUGUUUGUUUUCCCUCCAUCUCGCACAGUUACAGGAAGCAGCAUGAACUACUGUAUAGCUGCAUUCGCAGUUAUUAUCAUCAUCUCGGUCUUCCAGUGGGUAGUAGACGGAAGGAAGAAUUUCACAGGACCUCGCAUUGAUAUGACGAUUGAUGCGCUACAUGCCAUGCACACGAACCAGGAAUCCGAGUUUAACACGCAUGAAAAGUCAUGA